AUCCUUUAUGACAAAGAUGAUGAGUAUGCUAUCGAUCAUACGGCGGCUUGACUGUCUGGCCAACCAGUGAGCCCGCGUAGGUGCGUAAAAUCAUAACUUUCGUCCCUUCUCCCUUCUCCCUUCUCAGCUGGAGCCAAGGCUUUCAGGCUGCGAAAGACGUUUUUCCAGUUCGUCUAUCGAAUGGUCGCAUAACGAUGGCUUCCAAACCCAUCCUCAUCUCCGGCGCUGGCGUCGCAUCUCUUCUCCUUGCACAGUCACUACGCCGAGCUUCCAUACCCUUUCAAAUCUUUGAGCGUGACGCCUCGCCUUCUUUCCGCGCCCAAGGCUACCGGCUACGGCUAUCAGCAGAAGGACUGGAUGCUAUAAAAUCGGUCCUGUCACCCGCAGACUUCUCGACGUUCUGGGACGCCUGUGGUAAAACUGGUGGCAGCGGAUUCGGCUCUCUAAAUGCUGUCACUGGCGAGAAUCUCUCACAGGACUCAGGACCGCCCAAGGCUGUGGAUCAAGAAGCCAAAGGCGGGUCCUUGAGCUUGCAAAGCCGCGGUGACAAGGUUGUGGGUAUUGCGAGAGGCGAGAUGCGCCGGCUGUUCAUGACCGGAUGCGAGCCGUUCAUUAAGUGGUCCCACAACGUGACUGGCUACGAACUGACAGCGUCCGGAGUACAUGCCAUCUUUGCGGACGGGUCCAUGUCUGAGGAAGGCGAAAUGCUCGUUGGCGGUGAGGGCAUGUAUUCUAAAGUCGCUCAGCAGCUCUCUCAGGGUCGCCUCAAAGUCUUCGAUACAGGGGCAAGGGGUAUCCAUGGCCAAGCUCCCACCACCGCGUUCAAAGAUCUUGGUGAAGGUGUCUGGCGACUGAUUGAUGACACCAGGUCAGACGGGAGAGUCUUUGUCAUCACUAAUGUAAGACCGAAUGAUAUGGACGACCCUAACGUACAGUUUGGCUGGACAAUGUGUGGACAGCCAGGUGUCAUCAAGCCGCCGAAUGAGAACUUCACCAUCAUCGGAAAACCAGCGGCAGAUAUCGCCAAAUCGAUCACAGCGCAGUGGCAUCCCCGUGUGAAGCCGCUCUUUGACCACAUGGUCGAGUCUGAGGCUGCCUUCUGGAAGAUCACCUGUUCCACACCGAGCGGUGUCCCUGAGUGGCCGAAUGAGCCGCGAGUGACCGUUAUAGGUGAUGCCGUUCACAGUAUGACGCCAGCCGGCGGCAUCGGAGCGAACACCGCGGUGCGGGACUCGGGGGUGCUGGGACGGCUAUUGACGGAGUCUGGCGGCCUUGCCAACGGCGUGACUGCUGCUUACGAGAAGGAGAUGAGGGUCUACGGAAGCGAGGCAGUGAAGGCAAGCUACAAUCAGGCGAAGAAUCAGUUCGGAGUUGUGAUUGACGAGACGACAUCUGCCAUCGUAUGACCUGCCUUAUGCACGAGUCGCUUUGCAAUCGCAGUCGUUUUGAUAGACCUAGAUAUGUAGCUAC